AUGGACAACCUGUGCCUGCACUUCAGUCCUCGCUUCAAGACGCUGGCGGGCGUCAACACCAUUGAGUGCAGCAGCAGGAGAGCAGCCCCAAUUGUCUCUCCCGUGGAGAAGGGCGGCCAGGAAUAUAGGAGGAAACGGCUCCGGGAGGGCCCCCGGCUGUGGUGGAAUCUUCAGACAGUUGGUCACUCAGUCCACACGACCCUCCUGUCCUCAGCCAUGGCUCAGGCGAGUAUGAUCAUCAACAACAUUAAACUCCAUCCAGGGCAGAGCGUUCGAGUGCAGUUGGAGGUGGACCGCAACCCUAAACAGUGGGCGGUGAACUUGGGCAAAGAUAUCAACAACCUGUGCCUGCACUUCAAUCCUCGCUCCAAGGUAGUGGCGGGCGUCGACACCAUUGUGUGCAACAGCCGGAGAGCAGGCAACUGGGAGCAGGAGCAUCGGGAGCCUGUCUUUCCCUUCGAGCCCGGAUGUGAUCUAGAGGUGUGCUUCACGUUCGACAGAGCAGAGCUGACCAUCAUGCUGCCAAAUGGACACAUAUUCAAGUUCCCCAACCGCCUCAACAUGGAUACCGUUGAUUAUGUGGGAGCAGGAGGUGACAUCAAGAUCAAGUCUGUGUCUUUUGAAUGA